AUGGGCGGCAACAACACCACCACCAACAACACUACAAACAUCAUUAUCAAUAACAACUUUGCACCGAACCCUCCAACGCCGAACUUCAUUGACACUCUUCUGACAUGGGUCAACGACAUGGUCAGCGGUAGCCCAUUCCCGAUCACCGGGGACCUAAACAAGGAUGAGCCCACUCUCCAGACAGCUGUUCAGCAGGUCGCGAUCACAGCAUUCCUUCAAAAGUACAACUAUGCAUACAAUGGCGCCAACACUAGCCCGCCCAACUACAACGGUAGCAAGUUCUUUGGUACCCCUGAGGACUUCACCAAUGUCGCCCAGAACGUGCUUGCUACCAACAUCAAUAUUUACGUAACUAACGACCUCUUCAUUGACGACUCUCUUAUCCCUCAAUGGGCCCUCAAGAAAAUGCGCAACGAUCUGGCCACCUGGGUCCAGGUAGUGGCUGGGAAGCCCGUCAUCAAGGGAUGGCAGAUUGCACCUUACACGAGGUACUACAAUGAUCCCUCUGGGAAGGAAAACAUUUCUGUUGAUGCUCAGACCUUGUACACAAUUGUCGAUGCUCUAGAUCAGAAGGGAAACCCACAGAAGACACUUUUCUUGUCUUUUGUAGGUGUAUGGUAUGGUGUCAGUGCUACAUUUGAUCUUACGCCACCUCAAGGCACACAGAAGGAACUUGUCAAGCAACAAGUCGUUGGGUAUGGAAACUAA